AUGGCGGGAGAGCCGGCACCGAGGCACCGGGCCGGCGGCGCCCGCGCCAGCUACGCGGUGCUGAGCGAGGCGGAGCUGGAGGAGGUGGCGCCGCGCGCAGCCGCCGGGCCCGCGCUCCGCGACGUCCUCCGCAAGAUCAGGUGCUCGGCCUCCACCGCCAAGUCCCUGCUCUUCCGAUUCCUGCCCUUCCUGCGCUGGCUGCCGCGCUACCCGGUCAAGGACUGGCUCCUGGGGGACAUCGUCUCGGGCUUCAGCGUGGGCAUCAUGCACCUGCCCCAGGGGCUCGCCUAUGCGCUGCUGGCCGGGCUGCCGCCCGUCACCGGCCUCUACUCCUCCUUCUACCCCGUCUUCCUCUACUUCUUCUUCGGGACGUCCAGACACAACUCCGUGGGCCCCUUUGCCAUCAUCUCUGUCAUGAUCGGCAGCGUGACGGACUCCCUGGUGCCCAGCGAUAAUUUCCUGGAGCCCGUGAACGGCACCAACGAGACCGCGGUGAACGAGGCGCGGCUGAACGCGGCGCGCGUGGAGCUGGUGGCCACGCUCACCGUCCUGGUGGGCGUCUUCCAGGUGGCCCUGGGUCUCCUGCAGUUCGGCUUCGUGGUGACCUACCUCUCGGACCCGCUGGUGCGUGGCUACACCACGGCCGCCUCGGUGCACGUCCUCAUCUCCCAGCUCAAGUACGUCUUCGGCAUCUCCCUGAGCGAGCACUCGGGACCGCUCUCGCUCGUCAUGACCUUCAUUGAAAUCUGCGAGAAGCUGCCGAAGACCAACGUGGGCACCCUGGUGACAGCCAUCAUUGCCAUGGUGGCCAUCUUCAUCGUGAAGGAGCUCAACCACAAGUUCUCCGCCAAGCUGCCCAUGCCCAUCCCCAUCGAGCUCAUCACGAUCAUCAUCUCCACUGGCAUCUCCUACGGCGUCAACCUGAACUCCAAGUUCGGCAUCUCCGUGGUGGGCGACAUCCCCAGCGGGUUGAAGCCGCCCGUGGCCCCUAACAUCAAGUACUUUGGGCAGGUGGUGGGCAACGCGUUCGCCAUCGCCGUGGUGGGCUAUGCCAUCUGCAUCUCCUUGGGCAAGAUCUUUGCCCUGAGGCACGGCUACAAAGUGGACAGCAACCAGGAGCUCAUAGCCCUGGGCUUCUCCAACUUCCUGGGCGGCUUUUUCCAGUGUUUCGCCAUCAGCUGCUCCAUGUCGCGGAGCCUGGUGCAGGAGAGCACCGGGGGCAACAGCCAGGUGGCCGGCGUCAUCGCCUCCCUCGUCAUCUUGGUGACCAUCCUGAAGAUCGGGGAGCUCUUCCGCGACCUGCCCAAGGCCAUCCUGGCUGCUAUCAUCAUCGUCAACCUCAAGGGCAUGUUCAAGCAGUUCUCCGACUUCCGCACGCUCUGGAAGUCCAACCGGGUGGACCUGCUCGUCUGGAUCGUGACGUUCGUGGCCACCCUCCUGCUCAACCUGGACCUGGGCCUGGGCGUCUCGGUGGCCUUCACGCUGCUCACCGUCAUCUUCCAGACGCAGCUGCCCCGCUACUCCGUCCUGGGGCACGUUGCCGACACCGACGUCUACAGGGACGUGGCCGAGUGCAAGGAGGCCCGGCAGCUCCCCGGCGUGAGGAUCUUCCGCUCCUCCUCCACUAUCUACUUCGCCAACGCGGAGCUCUACAUGGAGGCCUUGAAGAGGAAGAGCGGCGUCAACGUGGACCGGCUGAUCGAGAAGAAGAAGAAGGCCCUCAAGAAGCUGAAGAAACAGCAGAAGAAAGCUGAGAAGCAGAAGGCUAAGAGCAAAAAGGACGCCGAGGAGCGCAACGGGCCGGGCGUCGCGGUGAUCGAGCUGAGCCCGGAGGGAGCCGAGGGCAGCGCGCCCGCCGAGCCCUCCCUGCGCUCCCUGGGGCUGCCCGUGCCCGACUUCCACACCGUCAUCCUGGACUUCGGCCCCGUCAACUUCGUGGACACCGUCUCCAUAAAGAUCCUGAAGAACGUCUUCAGGGAUUUCCGCGAGAUAGAGGUGGACGUCGUCGUUGGCGGCUGCCCAGCGUCCGUCAUCGCCCAGCUGGAGAGGGGCAACUUCUUCAGCGAGACCAUCACCAAGCACCAGUUCUUCGCCUCGGUGCACGACGCCGUGGUGCACGUCACCGGGCAGCGGGCAGCGGCCCCGGCAACCUUGCUGGCCCUGACGAGGAACCGCGGUGUUGUCACGUAUGCCCAGGCACUCCAAAAUAUCCCUGAAACGCAGGUCACCACCCUGGACAACGGCCUCCGUGUGGCUUCCGAGGAGUCCAACCAGCCGACGUGUACAGUGGGUGUGUGGAUUGGGGUGGGCAGCCGCUACGAGAAUGAGAAGAACAACGGAGCCGGUUACUUCCUGGAACAUCUGGCCUUUAAGGGCACAAAGAAGCGCCCCGGUGCCGCCUUUGAGAAGGAGGUGGAGAGUAUGGGUGCCCACCUCAGCGGGUACACGUCGCGUGAGCAGACUGCCUACUACAUAAAAGCGCUGUCCAAGGACAUGCCCAAAGCUGUGGAGCUUCUGGCCGACGUGGUGCAGAACUGUGCUCUGGAGGAGUCCCAGGUCGAGAAGGAGCGCGGCGUCAUCCUUCAGGAGUUGAAAGAGCUCGACAGCAACUUGACGGACGUUACGUUUGAUUACCUUCAUGCCACUGCUUUCCAGGGCACGGCGCUGGGCCGCACUGUUGAGGGGACCACUGAGAACAUCAAGCGUAUGACUCGGGCGGAUCUAGUUUCCUAUGUUGAUACCAACUUCAAGGCACCUCGUAUGGUCCUGGCAGCUGCUGGAGGCAUUUCGCACAGGGAGCUGGUCGAUGCAGCUAAGCAGCACUUCAGCGGCGUGCCCUUUGCUUACAAAGAGGAUGCUGUGCCCGUUCUGCCGCACUGCCGCUUCACCGGGAGCGAGAUCCGAGUCAGAGAUGAUGCUCUGCCCCAUGCCCACAUUGCUCUUGCCGUGGAGGGCCCAGGAUGGGCCGAUCCCGACAACGUCGUCCUCCUUGUGGCCAAUGCCAUCUUUGGCCGCUAUGACCGCACGUUUGGAGGUGGCAAGAAUCAGUCCAGCAGGCUGGCUACGCUCGCCGUGGAGCAUAAUCUCUGCCACAGUUUCCAGACGUUCAACACCUCUUACUCCGAUACCGGCCUCUUUGGUUUCCAUUUUGUUUCGGAUCCUCUGUCCAUAGACGACAUGCUGCACUGCGCUCAGGGCGAGUGGAUGCGUCUGUGCACCAGCACCACAGAGUCAGAGGUGAAGAGAGCCAAGAACAUCCUCCGAAAUGCCAUGGUGGCUCAGCUGGAUGGUACCACCCCAGUGUGUGAGAAUAUUGGAAGCCAUCUCUUAAACUAUGGACGCCGUAUCCCUCUGGAGGAAUGGGAUUCCAGGAUUUCUGCUGUUGACGCGAGGAUGGUGCGGGACGUCUGCAGUAAAUACAUCUAUGACAAGUGCCCAGCAAUUGCAGCCGUUGGUCCCAUUGAACAGCUUUUGGAUUACAACCGUAUCCGCAGUGCCAUGUACUGGAUUCGCUUCUAGGCUGUGUCCCUGCAGGAUGGAAAUAGUGAAGCUGUGGACUGUGACGGGGCUGCUGAGGUUCUGUCUGGCUUUGACUGUCUUGUGCGCCGGGAGCAAGCUCAGGCCUGAGAAAAUGUUUGUCAUCGUGAUGUUAAAUGUGUAAUAUUAAAAGUAACUCUAUCCUAAAUGGA